AUGGGAAAAGGGGCUCGUACUGGUACCAACUUUUCGGUCUACCGUCGCCUAACUCUCAAUAUUGUAGAUAAAAUGCGACGAUUAGUUGAUAACAAUGUUUACGAUAGACCACGAUGGUUAGAAUGGGCUGAAAUUACGCCACCUCUAGAAAAUCGCAAUUUAAUGAAUACCGAUAGAAACACUUUUAAUGCAUAUUUACCGUUGAUAUCUCGAUUAUUAGCUAAAUACCCUCACUUGCGCUUCCACAAUUGCUAUAGUCAGGGAAACGAAUUCACCAAGGGAAAUGAUAGAUAUAAUGAAGAUCAUCAUGUUAUGAGAUUUGUCAAAAAACAAAUGGAAUUCAUUAACCAAGGCUUCACCAAACGCAAGUCUUUUGAAUUGACCGAAAAACACUUUUAUAGGGAAAGGAUGGAGAUUGAGAAGAAUUUGAAAAUUAAUGCAGCUUUAGGGAUUGAUGAAUGUGCAUCCACUGGUUACACAUCUGGAUACCAAUUGUAUAAUGAAAAAAGAGCACAGGACGUUGCACGGUCACUACAUUCCUACCUCACCCAACUUAGGGGAUCCCUUAAUGGCUACAGGGGUAAAGUUAGGCCAAAAAAAUAA